ACCAAGUGCUAGGGCAGGAACAGAGGCCCUGGGUCCCGACUGCAGACCUCGCUGGCAAGCUGAACACCAGCCACCAAGCAGGUCACGUCGCAGCAGUUUUGACUUUCCUUAAAGGGCGCGGACGCAGCGCCGCGAUGAAUUUGGUCCCUCUGGAGACGCCGUCCGGGCACCAGGCUCGCUCAAAUCACGUGACCCAGGCUUUUGGCGAAGCAGGAAGCGUUUUGCUGCGGGAUCCCGGAGUGGGGCGGAUAGCGGGAGGGAUGGAAUCGACUUUGGAGCAGCAUUUGGAGGACACAAUGAAGAAUCCAUCCAUUGUUGGAGUCCUGUGCACAGAUUCACAAGGACUUAAUCUGGGCUGUCGUGGUACCCUGUCAGAUGAGCAUGCUGGAGUGAUAUCUGUUCUAGCCCAGCAAGCAGCUAAGCUAACCUCUGACCCCACUGAUAUUCCUGUGGUCUGUUUAGAAUCAGAUAAUGGGAACAUUAUGAUCCAGAAACACGAUGGCAUCACAGUGGCAGUGCACAAAAUGGCCUCUUGACAUCUCAUGCCUGUUCUUCAGCAGCCUGUCAUAGGGAUUCAGUCCUUCCUGUGUCAGUUAACUUGUAAAACUAUUAAAGUUCCAGAGGCUAGGCCAUUCACCUAGUGUCCAAUGUGGACUUCCUUAUUUAUAUGACAACCAGUUACCAAGGUAUUAGUUAAAAAGGAUCAUAGUUGUUUUGUUUGGGCUUUGGUCAUUUUGUUCUUUGGAGACCAUCACUGCAGUCCAGUAUUCCAGCUUAUCAUUGCCUGGAACUGUGUAUGUAGCCCAGGCUGACCUCAAACCUGUGGUCUUCCUGCUUCAAACUCCUGCAUCCUGGGAUUAUAGGAAUUUGUCACCAACGUCCCGGUCACUUUGUAUAUAGAACUUUGUUGUUGUCAAUAAAUCCAUUCAGAGGAAA